AUGGCAGAUCGCAGGACGUCCCGCUCGUUCGUGGACAGACUCCGAGCUCCCACGCCGGCUUUCACCACGGCCACCUGUGGAUGGAGGGCACUGCUCUUACCUCAGCUCAAUCGCCAGUCCCUGUACGUCUACGGCAGUGAGAUCGCGGUGGAGAAGGAAUGCAUGAGGCAGCUGCAGAGCGGGGUCCUGGUCAUCCACCCCUUCAGUCUGAUGAGGAGUUACUACAUUAUGGGAAUGAUGGCCAUCACUUUCCUGAACUUGAUCGGCAUCCCCAUGGAGAUCGCCUUCCUGGACAGAGACAGUGGGCUGGCGUGGGAAGGCUUCAACGUCUUUUCGGACACGCUGUUUCUCAUCGAUGUGGCUCUAAACUUCCGAAUGGGAAUAAUCCGGGACGAUGCUGAGGAGGUAGUCUUGGAUUUAAAGGAGAUCCGAGUGAGCUACCUGAGGACGUGGUUCAUUCCGGACGUGAUUGCAGCGUUCCCAAUCGGAUACAUACUGCUGUUUGCGGACCUCCACUACCAAAACGAUGACAACCCUUCCAAAGCCAACAAGAUGAUGCGGAUCCUGAUGUUCGUGCGGAUCCUGAGCCUGAUCCGCUUGGCCCGAGUCUCCAGACUGGUCCGAUUCUUCAACGAAGUGGAGAAAGUGUCCAAUGCGAAUCUGGAGGUGGUGAGGUUGUUUUUCAAAAUCCUCUCCUUGUUCAUGAUGAUUUUCCUGCUGUGUCACUGGAACGGGUGUAUCCAGUACUUCGUGCCCAUGUUGGAGGAGUUCCCCACAGACUGCUGGGUCCGGAAGGAGAACCUCAUGAAUGCCACAGUACUGGCCAAAUACUCAUGGGGAGUAUUCCGUGCUCUGUCCCAGAUGAUCGCUCUGUCCUACGGCUCCAUGGACGCUCCCACAAACUAUGUGGAGAUGUGGAUCGUCAUGGUGAGCAUGGUGUCCGGCUGUCUCAUGUACACCGUGCUCGUGGCCAACACCACCAUCAUGAUCGCCAACGUGGACCCGGCGUCUCAGGAGUACAAGAGCAAGAUGAGUCGUCUGGAGCAUUACAUGACAUUCAUGAAACUGCCUCCUGAGCUGCAGCUGAGAAUAAAUAACUAUUAUCAAGCUCGAUACGGAGGCAAGUGGUUUGACGAGAAGGAGGUCAUGAACACUGUGUCCUCGGCUCUCAAAGAGCAAAUCAUGGUGGUGAUGUGCUGUCGUCUGUUGAGGAAAGUGCCAAUGUUUCAAAACAGACACGAGAACUUCAUAAACGCCCUGGUGGUGAGGCUGGAGUACUGCAUCUUCCAGGAGGGGGACGCUAUAGUGCGAGAGAAUGUCCCCGGAGACCUAAUGUACUUCAUAGACCAUGGUCAGGUCUUAGUGGAGGCGGACUCCUACGAGAGGGAGCUCUGUGAUGGGGAUUUCUUUGGCGAGUCGUGUGUUGUGACCAAAGGGAAACAUCUGGUGACGGCGAAGGCUCUGACCGACUGUCGCUGCUUCACUUUGUCCUGGAACGAUUUUCAGGAGGUGCUGCAAAGUUUCCUUGAUGUCAAAAAAGACAUUGAGAAGAAUUAUGUCAAUGCAGAGAGUGGACUGGUCUGA